GAUUUCUAAUCACCAUGCGGGAUUGCUCUCACCCCGCAUUCCAUACUAUAUCUACCGGGACAUGGUGAGUUGAUGUGGCAAACCACCUACCCCAGGGUAUCCCCAGGGCAUGCAUGAUAUUCAGCUCCAUGCCUACUCGUACUGCGAUCAUCGGGCUCUCGGCCACGGCCACUACUUCCUGGGCUGCCAAUGCCCAUUUGCCGGGUCUUCGCCGGUCUGCGCAGUUCCAGAUCGCCGCGCUCUGUAACAGUAGUCUAUCGGCUGCAGAAGCUGCCAUCGAGGAAUACCAGUUGGAUGCCUCUAGCGUCACUCCUUAUGGCAGCCCCAUCGAUCUGGCGGCGGAUCGCACGAUCGAUCUUGUGAUUUGCAGCACCCGAGUCGAUCGGCACUAUGAGACCGCUUUGCCCAUGAUUCAGGCAGGCAAAGCUACCUACAUUGAGUGGCCCAUUGCCGGCAAUGCGACCCACAUCGAGGAGCUUCUCACCGCCGCGCGCAGGAGUGGCUCACCAGUCGCGGUGGGGCUCCAGAGUCGAUUUGCACCGCCCGUCCGUCGGAUCCGAGACCUUCUCGAGUCAGCCUCGCUGGGCCGAUUGUUGAAUACUGAGGUUCGAGCCUUUGGAGGCACCCUCGAUCGCGAAUUUCUUCCCCCCGGAUUGGCAUAUUUUGCCCAGCGCUCCGUUGGCGGGAAUCCCAUCACCAUCGGUUUCGCCCAUGACACAGUCAUUGACUUCGUGCAAUCUGUUGUGGGGGAUGUGAUCCCUGAGACCGACCAUAUUCAAUUCCAGCUUCAGCGCCCGGACAUUCGGGUGCGCGAUCCCACUACAGGGUCUGUCGUGGAGACCAUCCGAUCGGAUGUGCCUGAUCUUGUCAGCCUCCAUGGACACUUGCCAGCAUCAGCCCACGUGGCUCCCCAGGCUAGUCUAGUCGCCUACUUCAGUCGGGGCCAACCCUAUCCGGGGGACCCGCAGCUGGAAUGGACCUUGACUUGCGAACAAGGCGCAAUUCGUCUGACUGCCCCUGCCGGCAUUGUGCUGGGCGCAAACACCUAUGCAGAGCCAGUGACGAUCUCUCUGCAUCGCUUCGACACGGGGGAGACAACACCAGUCCCGUGGGCAUGGUCACCAGAGCAGGAAGAGCUGCCCGUUAGUGCACGGUCGGUCCAGAGCUGCCUGCUGAGCUUGGCUGAAGGCAAUUCCGAUGGGUAUGUCUCGCUGGAACAAGCCGCUGCACGGGCACGGCAAAUUGCGCGCUGGCUGGACUCGUUCCCAGCGGGAAGAUGCGCAGUGUAGGGAAGUAGUAGUAGAGGCGAGUCUUGUGUGGACGACCGCGCGUGCUGCGGUGAAAUAUAUGCCAAUGCCAUACAUGGUGUCCCUGGUAGUCAAGGCUUAUCGACUGGACCCGGAAACAUUUUCCCUCAAUACCAAGUAGUAAUCGGCGCUAUAGCAGCCGCCAUUAUGC